GGCCUCCUCUCCGAGACGAUCUACUGCAACCCCUACCUGCAGCAGAUGUGCCCCCCUGGCGACGUGGCGUGCCCGCAGUGUGGUUCGGACAGGUGCGAGUGCCCCGGCAGUCCAGGUCCGAGCCCCAGCCCAGACACCAAGUGCAGCUGGGAGGAACACGUGAACAGCGACGGCAACAAUUUGCUGCAAGCUCCCUGGUCCCAGGACCCGCAGGCGUGCUGCAACCACUGCGGCGAGCAGUCGGGGUGCGCGGCGUGGACCUUCAUUCAGGGCAGCCACGAGUGCUGGUUGAAGAGCUGGGUGCCGUCCAGGGACCAGUGGCGCUGGGACGACUCGGCCGUCAGCGGCAGACUGGGAGGUCGGUGA